UAGUGUUACCAGAACCCGAUGGACCAGUCACCACACUCACAGAAAAAGUAUAUGUACCCGUUAAAGAACAUCCAGACUUCAACUUCGUCGGAAGGAUCCUCGGCCCGAGAGGCAUGACAGCCAAACAGCUAGAACAAGAAACGGGCUGCAAAAUAAUGGUUAGAGGGAAGGGUUCGAUGAGGGACAAAAAGAAGGAAGAUCAAAACAGAGGAAAACCUAACUGGGAGCACCUCUCAGACGAACUCCACGUACUUCUCACAGUAGAAGAUACAGAAAACAGAGCACAAGUCAAAUUGCAAAGAGCAGUAGAUGAAGUCAAAAAGUUAUUGGUUCCGCAAGCUGAUGGUGAAGAUGAACUGAAAAAAAGACAGUUGAUGGAACUAGCCAUAAUAAACGGAACGUAUAGAGACUCAACAUCGAAGGCAGCAUCUGUAGCAGCCUGCGAUGAGGAAUGGAGGCGGUUGGCUGCCUCCGCGGUAGAAACGCAGCGGCUCCUAUCUCCCGGCAUCCCCGGCCUAACGACGACGCUCAGGACGCAAGGGACGCCUCUCGGAGCGCCGCUCAUCCUCUCCCCCAGGAUGUCCGUCCCGACGACGGCCGCCUCCAUCUUGAACGGCUCCGCUCCCCCCGGCUCUCUGCUCUCGCCCGGGGAUCCCCACGGACUCAUCUACACCCCAUACGCAGACUAUACCAACUACCUGGCCGCUUCCCCCCUCUUGACGGAAUACGCCACUGCGGACCAUUCGGGUGCGGCAGCUGUGGCUGCGAAACAGCGACAGCGUAUGGGACAAAUAAGGGAGCAUCCGUACCAAAGAGCGGGUGCGCUCUCAUAAACCCUAAAUCUGACAAGGCUUUGUGGAGUGCUAACCCCCACGUCACAUCCCUGCGCCACUCCUUCGACUAACGAAAAAAUUCAGAAGCGCCAGUCCACCUUCCAGGGUAGCGGUACGUCUAACAUUACAUCACUAACCUCAAAAAGAACUUUUUUUGUCAUCGUGCAUUUGUGUACUAAAAAAAAGAAUGUCGCGAAUUGUUCACGUAACCUCAUUUUAGAUGUUAAGCGCCUGGAAUAUUAGACGCUUUGUUGUAUGAUUAGAACUGAUCGCAAAAGAUUAGAUAAAUACUUUUAUGAGUAUAUAAUUUCUUCAUUAAUUAGUUUACACAACUCACAAUAACUGUUUAUCAAUAGCUCUUGCAAUUUUUUUCAAAAUAAAUAUCACUCUUGUUAUGAGGAUAUAACUUUUCAGUGCCGUAAAUUUGUAUUGAUCUCACAGAUAAUUUAUCUAUAAACUUCUUUAAGUUUGAAGUUUUUUUCAGGGUGAUGAAAAACUGAAAUCAUGAAAAAUGAUCUCCUAGUAGCAAUUACAUCCGUCAAUUUAUUAAAUUCUUUGUGAUCUAGGAAAAGUUGAUUCACCUGCUCUCAUUGAUUAUCAAAUUGAACAGCAAUUGGGAGUAAUUUUUGAAACCAAUAUUAUUAUUAUUCUCUGCUCAUUCAGCGUUUGGUUUGUUUAUAUAUUCAUCUUGUUUAUUGAAUUUCAUUGAUUUAAAUUUUGUCGAAGGUUCUGUUCUUGUUUUUUGAUCGAUUUAUCAAAGCUUCAUAAUUCCAUGGCGUUUAACAUAUUGAAUAUGACUGGAAAUGAAUCCUAUUUUAAAUUUUUUAAUGAUAAUAAUUUAAUUUCAUUAUUCUAUGUUUUAUUUCCUAAUUUUUAAAAAUAUCGGAUUCAUUUUCAGUCUAAAAAUUGUAGUCAGUAGUUAAGAUAGCAUUUACCUGUUUAAAACAUUAAUUUACUAAUACUUUCAACUGUUUUUUUCUGUGAAGUACAAACCAUUUUUGUGAGUGCCAAAAAAUAUUGAGAUGCAUUGAUGCAUUCCUUGGAAGAUUAAGGAAUUUAUUGAGUGAGUAAUAAAUUCUGCCAGAAAAAUUCAAGAAUUUUAGAAACAGUUGAUAUUCGAAACUUUUCAUUAAAUCUGUACUUAUUGAAUUUUUCUGAGCAGACUUGCGUGCUCUUCGAAGAAUUGGUAAGGUAGGUAAUUUUUUAAGUUACUUAAAAAUAGUUUAUUCAAUGCGAAGCUUGUUCUAAAUUGUUUUACAUGGAGAUUUUUGGAAACGAUAUUUUCAAUUAGUAUUUCAAGUUCAUAAUUUUUUUAAUUGUAUAACAUCAUUUAGAUCAAGACUCCAAAAUUUGAACAAAUUAUUGUCAUUUAGUUUAUAUAAAUCGUAUAAAUAUAAAAAAAUAUAUAUUACUGGUUUGAACAUGAUAUAAAUAUCUUGAAUUGUUUCAUAUAAGUGAUAUAACAAAAAAAAACUCCAUUACCUCAAAUACUUUGAACGUUUCAAAUCAAUAAAUAGAUACUAGCCAUUGAUUCAAGAAUCAUGUAUGUUGUUGCUAGAUACCACCUCGAGUUCUUUAUUAAAAAACAAUCAGUAGAAAUAAUAUUAUUCCAAAGCAAUUGAAAGAUUCAAUUUUCUAAGUGCCUUAUUGGGAUUGUGAAUCAAUUAGUCCUAUCGUGCACAUUAACAUUUAAUGAAAAUAUAUUCAGAAGUUCACACUUUGAUUAGCUCCUUCGAUUUUGAUGAUAGAUAAAGAUGGUUACAGAAGAAUCUCUUGAAACGAGACAAAAGUUAUGCAGUUGUUUGAAAUCAUGAAGACAUUCGCUGGCAGUCAGAUGAGUUUUUUGAAAACUAGUUCAAGAAAAUACUGUUGUAAGUGUGAACAACUGAAUCAUCCAGCACAGUGCCUUAGUCUCGAAGUUAUUUGAGGUG